CCUUCCCUGAUUCCCUCCCUCUUUCCCAAACUCUACCAAAGCCCCCCAAUCCCCCCGGUGCGAUCGAUGCCACUCCCCUACAUGGCCGUCGACGUCGACGAGAGCGACUGCCGCGUGUACACCGGCCCCGAGGAGUAUCCGUGCGUGCGGCGGUACCGGCACCGGCGCCUCGUCGCUUUCCUCCUACUCAACGGCUUCCGGAACACCUUCACUUCGCUGAUCCAGGAGACGGACGUCUUCAUGAGCGUGAUGCAUCUGCAGCUGCUCGUGGAGCAGGGCCUGUGGGGCGACGCGCUCGGCUACCUCCUGCGCUUCCUCCAGCCCACCACCUGCCGCCAGAGCCAGGAGGCCCUGCUCCUCCUCCACUUCGUCCACAUGCACCAGAACCUGGCCAACAUCGACGCCGGCAACAAGGACGACAGCGCGGUCCGACAAUUCACCGAGAGGUACAAGCACUACGCCAGCCACGCCAGCACCGUCUGCCACGGCGCCGUCAGGAUCCAUUCCAUCGUCCUCUCCAUACUCCACUCGGAGGAACUCAGGGCGUCCUUGGACUGGAAACUCGUCAGGUGCAAGGCAGCGGUUAUUGUCGACGAGUUGGCUUACAAGGUUCCAGAGCUGAAACAUCUGGUUCUAAUGCCCGCUGGGCGAUUGAUCCCACAAUAUGUCCUUCCGCUUGGGUUUGGCCUUGCUAGUUUCCGCCCGAGGCGUCGUGUGAAGAAACAACAAUGGCGAUCAGCAUCUGCUCUUGCCAAGCACUACCGUGAGUACAAGUUGAGGAUGCCCUCUUCAAGUCACCAGGAGUUACACCAUGGACUGUCAUCUAAGGCAAGGAGCCGGCUCGCGGAUCUUCUUGAUGAAAGUUUAAAAGCUGGUCGACGUGCAGAGCUCCGUCAACGACAUCCCCUCCAAGUAACUGCGAUGGAAAGUCCUCCAUUCAAUCAGGCUACGUUUGGUAUCUUGACAAGGCCUGCUACAACGUCUGGGAUCUCAUCAGCGAUGAAUGCAGGUACUGCAGCCUUGCAGACGAGUUCUGCUAAAACUUCCGGGAUAGCAUCGGUGACAAAUGCAGGUCCCGCAGCCUUGCAGACAAGUCCUGUUGAAUAUAGGUCUGCAGACACAGAUUAUUUGACUCGAGAAGGAAGUUAUACCGAGAGUGCUUGCCAGGGUUCCGUUUCACGAGAGGAUCAGAGGAGGGCACGAAUAGCAUUUGUCAAGAAAUUUUUGAACACAAAAAGGCAAGCAAGCAGGGAGCCAUUGGUUGAUGUCAAGGUUGAAGCUGGCUGGCCUGCUGGUGCUGGUACCAGCACGGACUAGAGUGCCUGAACGAGUUGCUGGGCGGGGCGGCAUCAACGUUCUAUCUUGCGAGACGCAGAGUAGUCGACCGCGCCUGCUGAAAGAAGCACUAUCGAAGAUGACAUGAUUUUGUAACAAUAUUAUUAGUACUCCUACUACGAGUAUUAGGUUACUCCUGGAACAUUACGUAGGUUAAGACAAAGUCUAGAACAUCAUUGGACUUUUUUUUUUUUACGGACAGAGGCCUCCCACCAAUUUCAUUAAAAGAAAUCAUAGUCUUUACAUAAAUAUUUUUUGGUAA